CAGUACACAAUUAUAUUUCGAAGGUGAUAGAUCUAAAGCAAAUUUUCCGUUCCAAACGAAACAAUCGUCGAAAGUCUAGUUGUUGUUUCAAAAGUUAUAUUUUUCCGUUGAAAAUAUAUUUUCGAGCUUCGGAGUGUAAUUUUCUGGAUCUCAAAGCCGUCAGGCAACCGAAAGAACUUAACGCGGCGAAUUUUCACUAGUGAAUGACAACGCGUCGCGCAGCAGAAACACAGACAGCUCCAACUUGGAGAGCGAGCGCCAACAGUGGGCGGCCGAGCAACAAGCAGCGUGAGAGUGAGAGAGCAGUCAAGCAGUGAUCCAAGAUGGGGGGCGGUGAUGCAGACAACGGCAAGAAGAUUUUUGUGCAGAAGUGCGCCCAGUGUCACACCGUCGAAUCGGGUGGCAAGCACAAGGUUGGCCCCAAUCUGGCCGGCAUUGUCGGGCGCAAAUCUGGCACUGCUGCGGGAUUCAAGUACACGGAUGCUAAUCAAAAGAAGGGCGUUACUUGGACCGAUUCAACGCUGGACGAGUAUCUCAAGGAUCCAAAGAAAUACAUACCCGGCACUAAGAUGGUUUUCGCAGGACUCAAAAAGGCCGAAGAACGUGCCGAUUUGAUUGCCUACCUCAAGAAAAAUAAGUAAACCAUUCCGAAACAACAACUACACAUACACUAGCACACUACGUUAAUAGCAAGAAUAUAAAUAUAUAUACACACACACACAUGUCAAAGUAGAUUAUUUGACCGACACAAUACAAUAAAUAGAUAACAUAAUUCGUUCCGCAAGAACUUAAGACGCCUUACAUGAAAAUAACAUGAAAAUAACUGCCCGAAUACACAGAAACACACAAAUAUCAUACGCUGAUUAACUGACAUAAUAAUACACUACACUAUAUAUUUUGAUAUAAACAGAGGAAAUGGUUUCCGCAAGAAGUUAAGCCGCCUUACAUAUUAUAAUUGCAAUAAUGCAUUGAAUGAAAAUGACUGCCCA